AUGAUAUCUGUCUCUCAGGCGACCAGUCUUUCUAGUCUGGUAUUGUCAGAAACUUCACUUUACUCAACGAUCUCGGGGCCGUCUCUGGGGUCCGUUCCAACCAGCGAAGCAAAGAACGAGACCAAUACAGCAAUCGGAACAAAAUCUGUUCAGUCAAGCAGCUUUCUGAUCGAUAGCUCUACAUUCGCUUUUGGUGGCAGUCUCACCAUCUCUGCAUCAGUCACAUUUGAAGAUUUUACGCUGUCUCGAAUCACAAUUCCAACGGAUAGUAUUGUCGCAACCGUGACCGGUAAUACAAGCUCGACGGCGUCAAUCACUACUAUGUCAAUACCGGCGACUGGACUGGGAGCUCAUUCUGCAACAGAGAAUCGCACCGUGUCGUCCUCAGUGGCUCUUAGUACUACGUCCCUGGAAACAAGUGUCCUUCCAAGUGCCGGUACAGACGGAUCGUCUCCCAGUACAGUCGAAACAUCUUCAUUCAGUUCGCCAAUCUCCGGAUCUCUUACUCAAAUCACCAUAUCCUUUACGAGUAGCCGGACUCUGAGCACUGCAUCGUCCAUCCAGUCUGUAGGGAUCCCAACUGCACCAGUUGUUUCUGAUCGUAACAUUACUGUAACAUCGAAAACCGCUUCGGCAGUCACUACGAUGAUGUCUCUCUCCUCUUGGUCGCGCCCUUCCCUCUCAGCAUCUCUCGUUGGGUCGGGUAACAUCUCGCUUCCCAGCGCCACCCAGACAUACAAUUCUACUGGAACUGCUGCUGUCACUGAGUCAAUCAGUACCUCUCAUGCUAGCAGAUCAGGCAGUUCACACAUGGCUCCCGCGUUUGGAUCAAUCUCUCCAUCCACCACCACGUCUGCCAGUUUCUCUAUCCCCACAUCAGCAAGCCCUACGUCGAACUCAGAGUUCUAUUCUAAGCUCUCGCACAAGCCCAUUAUCAAACGACGUUCACAAGGAUUCAACACAGACUCCAAGUGCAGUCCAUACAUCUACCAGCAGUCCUACCGAGACAGUGGUUGCAGCAGCUGCACCUAA